AUGUCUCUAACCACCAAUCACCACAAACGCUCCGCUUGCGAUCGAUGCAAAGGCCAAAAGCUUCGUUGUGUGCGAGCAGCGGCAACCUCGGGUAACGAUGCAUGCGUGAGAUGCCUUCGCGCAGGUGCGGCGUGUGUAACUAGUCAGGCUCGGCCAGUUGGUCGUCCUCGUGCUCUAGAACGUGAAGAGAGUUCCUACACAUCUUCAGCAACUCGAAGCCGAGACGACGAAGGCUCCGGAUUCUUUAUGCUCCCCGAUGGCUGCUUCGACGACACAUGGACAGCAUUCCUCGCUGAGAGUGAGAUCGAUAGUCAAUUUGUUUCUGGCAAUGAUUGUAUAACCUCACCCACUACCCUGUCGCUACCACAGUAUGAUGCGCCCGCCACUUCUCGCCCCGAAACAAUCUGUCAGAUCUUUCUCCGGCAUGAUGUCAAAGCAAAUACAACAAUUCGACUAUCCCAGUUGAAUGAGAGCCUUGCAAGGCAAAUUGCCUUUUUCCCACCACUUUCUCGGGAUUUCUCCUCCGACUUGCAUGUCUGUAUCCAGGAAGUCAACGAAGCCGACAAGAACCCAGUCGUUCCGGCUUUGCAGAGCGCCACAGAAUUCACCAGUAUUGUGGAGGAGCUGAUCUCUAGCAUGAGGCGCAAAGACCCGGCCUCAGCAACGAACAAUUCCCAUUCAACAGACAUCCUUCAACCUGGGCCGACAACAUCGUCAUGGCUGGCGGCUGAAAGCUCUACCAGCAGCGAUGGGCCCUACACUGCCGGUACACCAAUCACCCUCCUGUUAGUUUCGAGCUACCUCCAAAUCGUGGAACUCUUCAACUUUAUCUUCGUUUUCUCCACUCAGAUUUUGCAAAGCUCCUCUUCUAUGGCAGGAAUUUUGCAGUUUUCUCCGGAUGUUUGCAUUUCUGGGUUGCCUCCCAUGAAGGCCCUCCUAUACAUCAAGAUUAUGAUCCAGAUGGCUGAGCACUAUCUCCACCGGAUUCAAGGCCUUUUGUGUCUCCCUGAAGAGAUGCUACUUUCUUCUAAAGAAAGCGCAGGGCUACGACUUUUUGACACUGUCAAUCUAUUCGACCUACUCAAAUUGAAUAUCCCGCAACGAAGCAGCCUUUCAAUGAGAGUUAAUCUAGAAACGCUAAAAACACUGCUUCCCGCCUGA